UGUACAACAUGGCUGCGUUGGUUGGGCUUCGUGCAUGCCUCUCCUCCGCUCUGCAGCUCUCCACAUCAGGGCUGUUGCACAGUUCCUUAAGAGUGUGCUAUGUGCCCCUUAGCAGGAGAGGCUUUGCAGCAGAGGCCAAGAAGGUGUUUGCGCGAGACAAGCCUCAUGUGAACAUCGGCACUAUUGGUCAUGUCGACCACGGCAAGACCACACUUACUGCUGCCAUCACCAAAGUGCUGGCAGAAGCAGGAGGCGCCCGCUUUAAGAAGUACGAGGACAUUGACAACGCCCCUGAGGAGAAGGCCAGAGGGAUCACUAUCAACGCCUCCCAUGUAGAAUAUGCAACAGCCAACAGACACUACUCCCACACUGACUGCCCUGGGCAUGCCGACUAUGUGAAGAACAUGAUUACUGGCACAGCCCAGCUGGACGGCUGCAUCCUGGUGGUGGCUGCCACAGACGGACAGAUGCCGCAGACGCGGGAGCACCUGCUCCUGGCGCGGCAGAUUGGCGUGGAGCACGUGGUGGUGUUCAUCAACAAGGCGGACGCCGUGGAGGACCGGGAGAUGCUGGAGCUGGUGGAGCUGGAGAUCCGGGAGCUGCUGACCGAGUUCGGCUACGACGGGGAGAACACGCCCGUCAUCACCGGCUCUGCGCUCUGCGCCCUGGAGAACAAGAACCCUGAGCUGGGAGUGAAUUCCGUGCUGAAGCUCCUGGAGGUGGUGGACAACUACGUACCUCUGCCCAAGAGAGAGUUGGACAAGCCUUUCCUUCUGCCCAUUGAGGCUAUCUACUCCAUCCCUGGCAGGGGGACGGUGGUGACAGGGACACUGGAGAGAGGAGUGAUCAAAAAGGGUGACGAGUGCGAGUUUGUGGGGCACAAUCGCUCCUUCAAGUCUGUGGUCACAGGUGUUGAAAUGUUCCACCAGUCCCUGGAGCGGGCAGAGGCUGGGGACAACCUGGGGGCUCUGGUGAGGGGGCUGAAGAGAGAGGAUGUGAGGAGGGGGAUGGUCAUGAGCAAGCCUGGCUCCAUCCAGCCACACCAGAAAGUACAGGCACAGGUGUACGUGCUCAGUAAAGAGGAAGGGGGCCGCCACAAACCCUUUGUCAGCAACUUCAUGCCAGUGAUGUUUUCUUUGACCUGGGACAUGGCCUGCAAAGUCACCCUGCCUGCUGAUAAGGAAAUGGUGAUGCCCGGUGAAGACACGUCUCUCAUCCUCACCCUCCGGCAGCCCAUGGUCCUAGAGAAGGGUCAGAGGUUCACCCUGAGAGAUGGGAAUAAGACCAUUGGCACCGGCCUGGUCACUGACACAAUGGCCAUAAGUGCAGAAGACGAGACCAACUGGGGCUGAGGCGAAAGAGGAGUGGGGGUGGGAUCAGGGGUGGGGGGUGGUGUGUGGUUGGAGGAAUGGCUAAAAGCAGGUGGAAGAAAAGUAGGAUGUGUGUGACUUCCAGUGUCUGACUGCUUACACAUAAGCUUUACAGCCAAAAACACAGUGACAGACUGGCAGAUUGAUAUAAUGUAUAGCUCACUGGAGAGGGAAUGCGUGAUUAAUUGCGUUCUUUUGGAUCUACUCUGGACAUUGUAUGCUGUAUGACAGAUGGACACCAAUGAAAUGCAAGUCUUUCUGUGAAAAGGCUGAACCGCUAUUUGUUGCUUGUAUAAUAAAAUGUAUUUGCCCCAGGUCACCUCGGAAAUUCAUUAGUAGUUGAGUGUUGGUUGGUGAUGACAAGGGGAA